GUCUUAUGAUCAAGUAUUUAUAGUAAAGCUAUUUAUAAUGCUCGCCAGAGGGGAGUGGAGCUUCAGAUGCACCUGCCACAUGGGAGCCAGAGCCGUCCUCGAGGAUAAACAAAAGUUUUCUAGGUGUCAUUCCUAUUUUUAAGCAGUUGGAAGUCUUUUCACAAUUAGAAAAGUAUUUUAAUUCAUUCUGAGUUGAAAGUGAACCUCUCUGAGUCCCACAUGGAUAACUCCAACAGUGAUGAGGACACAGAUGCUGACUUUGACACCCAGCUCAUCAUUCAGCAGAGUUUGCUGGAUAUUUACAAGCCAGGAGUAACGCAGCACACAUCAGAAGACAAGAGGUCCCAUUCCAUUUCGAGUGCUGAUCAUAAGAAGAUAGUUGAAGCAAUAGAGACAGCUGCUGCCAAACUAGAUAACUUGAAAUUCAGUCCGGCUUUUACUGUUCUACACAGAAGCAAUAAGCCCUACAUCUUCAUCAACAUAGUCAGCAGAUUUGGUAAGGAAGAUGCACUGGCACACCUAACCAAGUACCAUUCUGCAUUUGAUGAAGCCAAUGGGGAUGGUUGGCUUCCUCUGCAUACGGCAGCAGUGCAGUUAAAUAGGAACAUCUUAGAAAUAACCCUGAAUGCUACCAAACCCAGUAUGUGGGAACAAACUACCCACAAUGGAGAAACACCACUUUUUUUGGCUGUCAGCAGUAGCCUCCUAGAAAAUGCCCAUUUUCUACUUCUCAAUGGCUGCAAUCCAAAUGCUAAGAAUCUUGAAGGCAAUUCUCCUCUUUUUACAGCUGUUCUGAAAGACUCGUAUGAUAUGGCUACCUUGCUGAUCAGUCAUGGUGCAGAUGUCAAUCUGCGAUGUGCCAACAAGAGGACAGCUCUCCAUGAAGCUGCCAAGCUCGGCAACUGGGACAUGGUAAAGCUGAUGCUGACUUCGGGGGCACACCCAGAUGCACGGAGCUCCUAUGGGUUUACUCCUCUUGCCCUUGCUGCUCAAGGCGGACACACUGAAAUCAUGGAACUAUUACUGCAGAAAGGAGCUGAUGUUCACAGUCAGGCCUCUGACUCUUCCUCCAUUUUACUUGAAGCCGUUAGAGGAGGAAAUCCAGACUCUGUGACUCUCUUGCUAGAGUAUGGAGCUGACGCCAACAUUCCUAAAAGCUCAGGCCACCUGCCCAUACAUGUGGCAGCUGACAAAGGCCACUUAUUAGCUCUAAAGAUGUUGGUUCCAGUUACGGAUAUUGCUGCCAUCAAGAGGAGUGGGAUCAGUCCAGUUCACUGUGCAGCAGCUGGGGCACACCCCCAAUGCCUGGAAAUUCUCAUUCAGGCUGGAUUUGAUGUGAAUUUCAUGCUAGAUCAGAGAGUCCGUAAACAUUAUGAUGAUCAAAGGAAGUCAGCCUUGUAUUUCGCUGUUUCAAAUGGUGACCUCUCUUCAGUUAAACUGCUUCUGAAUGCUGGCGCUCUGCCCAAUCAAGACCCAGUCAACUGCCUACAGAUAGCUCUCAGGAUGGGCAACCAUGAGCUCAUAAGUCUACUACUGAGGCACGGGGCCAACGUCAACUACUUCUGCAGAGUUAACCCUUUGCACUUCCCAUCGGCACUGCAAUACUCACUGAAAGAUGAAGUCAUGCUCAGGAUGCUACUGAAUUAUGGGUAUGACACAGAGCGAUGUUUUGAUUGUCCUCACGGGGACAGAGUUCAUCGCUUUUGUACUUUUGAAGGCUGGACACCUACAGUUAUUAAAGAUACUAUGUUCUGCGAAGUCAUAACUUUGUCAUGGCUACAGCAUCUCUCUGGAAAAGUUGUCCGUGUGUUGCUUGAUUAUGUUGAUCAAGUGCAAAUCUGCUCAAAACUGAAAGCUGUGCUUGAAAAACAGAAGCUCUGGCCAGAAAUACAUUUGAUCUUGACAAACCCUCGUUCUCUAAAACACUUGUGCCGCCUCAAGAUCCGGAAGUGCAUGGGACGGUUACGUCUGCGUUGCCCUGUCUUCAUGUCAUUUCUUCCAUUGCCCAACCGUCUAAAAGCUUACGUCCUGUACAAAGAAUAUGACCUUUACAGACAAGGGAGUUUUUCAGGAACCUGGUAACAGACUAUUCUGGAGGAAAAAGGUAUAAUCUGCAAUAUUUUCUUCACGAUUUACUUGUUUUAAAUGACUUUCUCUUUGCUCAGCAAUAAAAACUUCAGUGUAGUCUA